AUGUCUGUGCAGACCACAAUCUCCAGCACAGCCUCUGAGACCACCUCAGCUUCUGAGUCUACUGUUGCCCCCGCUCUAGUUUCUGAAACCACAAUAACAUCUGUCCCCACCACAGCCUCUACCUCAGGCUCUAAGAACACAGUCUCUGAGAUCCUUGUGGUUUCUACCACAAACUCCGAGACUACUGCGGCAUCUGUGACAUUCUCUAAGACAAUGACAGCCUCCGCUAAAGGCUCUGGGACAUCCAGAGAGCCUGUGUCCUCCAUAGCCACUGAAACACCUUUUGAGAACACCAAAACAUCGGUGCCCAUCACAGUCAUCACCACUGUAGGCCCUGAGACCUCUAGAGCCACCAACAGAGUCUCACAGACACCUACAGAGUCUGUGACCCCAAAGAGAUCCAUCAUAGCAUCUGUACUAACUGAAGCAUCCACUAGACUUUCUGAAGUCACCACACCCUCCACAACAAUAUCUGUGCCCACGCUGACCUCCACCACAGCCUCUAAGACCACCCCAGGCUCUGAAUCCACCAAAGUCUCCACUAAAACUUCUGAUAUUACCUUGUUCUCUACCACAGCAUCUGUGCCCACUAAAGCCUCCACUACAGUGUCCGAGGUCACGACGUCCUCCGUGAUAAUGUCUGUGCCCACCCUGACCUCCACCACAGCCUCUGAGACUACAACAUCCUCUACUAAAACAUCUGAGACAGUCUUUGCCAUAACCUCUGGGACCACUACAGGCUCUGAGACCACCACAGUUCCCACAGCAUCUGUGGCAAACUCUUCCUCCAUGAUAACAUCUUUACCUACCACAGUCUUCACCACAGUCUCUGAGACCACAGCUUCCAGCAGAGAUUCUGAGGUCAUCACAGCUUCCACCAUAAUUUCUGUGUCACCACCAUCCUCCAGCAUAGCCUCUGAGACAAUUAUUAAUUCUGAAACAACCACAGAAUCUCCCACAAUUUCUGAGACCAUCGGGGACUCCACUAUGACAUUGGUGUCCACCAUAACUUCCACCACAGACUCUGAGACCAUGUCAUUCUCUGCUGAAGCCUCUGAGAUAACUUCAGGGUCAGUACCCUCCACAAAUAUCACAAUACUUGGUAAGCCCACUACAACAUCUGUACCCACUACAACCUCUGCAAUAGUCUCUGAGAUCACUACACCUUCCAUCGCAAUGUCUAAAACCAUCUCAUCUUCCAAAACAGAUUCUGAGUUUUCCAGUACAGCACCUCUGACCACGAAAAUCUCUACUCCAAUCUCUGAGUCUGUUUUAGCCUCCACCAUAGUCUCUGAGACUGCCAUGUCCUCUACUGCCACAUCUAUGCCCACCAUAGCUUUCAUCACAAGCUCUAAGGACACAACAGCCUCUGAGACCACAAAUGCUUCCACAAUUACCCCCACUGAGACCAUUAUAAUGUCCACCCCAACAUCUGAGACACACCAGGCCUUUAUCACAACCCCAGGGACCACAAUAGUAUCCAUGAAAGUCUCUGGGACAAGUGGAAAGUCUGUGUCCUUCACAGAUACUACAAUACUUCCUGAGAGUACAAUAACAUCUGUGCCCACCACAGCCUCUGAAACCACCCCAGGCUCUGAGACAGCCACAGGCUCAGAAUCUACCUCUGCUUCUCCUACAACAUUUGAGAUCACCUCACUGUCUACCACAGCAUUCAAGUCUGCCACAACUUCCACAGCACUUGUUCCCACCACAGACUUCAUGACUUCUGAAACUGCCACGGGUCCUGAGAUCAUCACAACUUCCACCAUGGAUUCACAGACCACUGUAGACUUUGUGUCCCCGAGUGCCACCAUAGUCUCUAAGACCACCUCACUCUCUACCACAAAGGAUGUGGUGACUUCAGAGGCCACGAUGAUAAUUUCUGUCCCCUACAGUGCCUCUACCCCAGUCUCUGGAACUGUCAAAGCCUCUACCAAAGACUCAGAGACCACUAUAAACUCUGAGACCACAAAAGCUUCUGCCAUUGCCUCUGAAAUGCACACAUCUUCCACCACAACAUCUGUGCCAAACACAAUUUCCAGCACAGCCUCAGAGAUGACCUCAGCUUCUGAGCCUACUAUUGUCUCCACCAUAGUCUCUGAGACUACCAUGUCUUCCACAAUAAUGUCUGUUUCCUCUAUAGCCUCUACCUCAAGUUCUAAGAACACAGCCUUUGAGACCCUUAAACGUUCCACCACCAACUCUCAAUUCACCAUGCCAUCUGUGACAUCCUCUGAGCUCCUAACAGUCUCCGCAAAAGCCUCUGGGACAACUAUAGAGACUGUGUCCUUCAAAAAAACCACACAUCCUAAUGAAUCCACCACAGACUCUGAGGCUUCUACAGACAUUGAAAUGACCACAAACGCUAACACAGCAUCUGAAACCUCUAUGCCCUCCACCAUAACAUCUGUGCCCACAGUAACUUCCUCCACAAUCUCUGAGAACACUAGCGCUUCCUCAGUACUUUCUGAACCCAACACAGUCUUCACGGUGACUGCUAAGACCAACACAGGCUCUGACACCAACACACCUUCCUCCACAGCCCCUGAGGUCCCCACAUUCUCCACCAAAAUGCCUGUUCUGACCACAGCUUCCACCAUAGACUCAAGGAAUACAGCACCUUCUGAACGCCCCAUGACUUUUACUAUUGACUCUGAGUCUACCACAGCUGUCACCACAGUCUCUGAGGCAGCUGCAGUUUCUACUCAAACAUCACUAACAACUGCAGAGGAUGUGCCCUCCACAGCCACCAAAAAACCUGAUGAGAGCACUAUGGCAUCUGUGUCCAACACAAUGCCCAUCACAGUUCCUGAGAGUACCACAGCUUCCACAACAUCUGUGCCUACGAUAGUCAUUACUGGGGCUUCUGAGACCACUGGAGCUUCUGAGACCACCUCAAUUUCCACCUCAAUCUCUAAAACCAGUAGAGUCUCCACAAAAGCCUCUGAGACAACUGCUGGGGAGACAACUGUUAGGUCUGAGGCCCCCACAGCUACCAUAAUGCCUACUGAGACCACCCCAAUAUACGGACCCACCUCAACCUCCAUCACAACUUCUGAGAGAACUCUGUCUUCCACAUUCACAAUUGAGCCGAGCAAAGCCUUCUCAACACAGCAGUUGAAAAAUACAGCACAGUCAGAGAUCUCCACAACUUCUACCACAGCUUCUGCCAAAGCAUCCGAAACAACUACAGAGUCUGUGAUUGCAAUGGGCUCCACCACAGCAUCUGAAAGCACCUUGGUCUUCACUACAGCAUCUGUGCCAACCACAGGAGCAUUGAGAACAUCUUUGCCUACCAAAGUUUUCAUCACAGGCUCAGAGAACAACACAGGUUCCACUGUAGACUCAGAGACCAAAACAGCUUCAAGAACAGACUCUUACAUUGCCACGUCCUCCACCCCAAUGACUGUGCCAACCACAGCCUCCAACACAGUCCCUGAGAACACCAUUCACUCUGAAACAACCACAGGGUUCCCCACAAUUUCAGAGACUAUCAGGUCCUCCACUGCAGCAUAUGAGCCCACCCUGACCUCCAGCUCAGCCUCUGACAUUACCACAGCCUCCACUAAAGUCUAUGGAACAACAUCAGGACUACCACACUCCAUAGAUACAGAUACACCUGAUAAGACCACCACAGUAUGGAUGACCACCACAGCCUCCACAAUGAUCCCUGAAACACCAUCCAUUCCAACGUCUGUGUCCACCACACGCUUGGCUACAACCUCUGGGACCAACACCGCCUCCACCUCAUACCAUAGUGUGUCCACAAAAGUCUCUUUGACAAGUGCGGACUCUGAGCACUCCAUGGUUACCAUGAUGCUGGCUGAGAAUAACACAUUUGUUCCUACCCCAGUCCCCAUCACAGCAUCUGAGGUGACUGCAUCCUCCACAACAACAUCUGUGCCCACUACUGUCCUUUCUACAGUCCCCAAAAGCACUGGAGUCUCAGAGACCACUACAGCUUCCACUAUUGGAACUGCUGCAGAGUCUGUGACCACAAAGCACUCCACCACAGGAUCUGAAAUCUCUCCCACUGAGACAGUGCCUAGCACAUUGUCCACCACUGUCUUUGAGAGCAACUCAGACUCUAAAAGCACCCUGUUCUCUACAAGGCACUCUGUGUCCACUACAUCCUCCAUCACAGGAAUAUCAGUGUCCAUGCCAAAAUCUACCAUGAGCCCAGAAAUCACCAGAGCCUCUACUGCAGUCUCUGAGACCACUUCUAUCUCCUCCAAAGGCACCAGGACCAGACCAACCACCCACAUUUUUGUCACCACAGCUCCUGUAAGGAACCCCAUGACCUUUGCUACCAGCAAUGCAUUGCCUGGAAUAUCCCUGAAUACCUCUGGCCUGGCUGCAUCCACUCUUGGAGCAUCAUCUACCUCCUCAGUCCCAGGUGUCAUGACCACCAUAGUGUCUAUCCAUGAUUCAACUGUCAUUCCUGGAGCCAGCGCCACCUCCCGUACAACAAGCUCAGUGUCCAUGGGCACAAAUAAAAUUAGCAUGAGCCACAUUCCAACAAAUGUGGUCAAACCAAGUGGAUAUUUACAGCCCUGGGCCAUCAUCCUCAUUGCUCUGAUUACUGUUGUGAUGGGUAUUAUCCUGUUAGGAGGACUCUGCUUUUGUCUGAGGGACUUUUACUUCCCUGUGAGAAACAGAGGUACUUAUUACCCCCAUGACCACAACCUUGGCCUUAGUCUUGACCUGGACUUAGGCCUGGGCUCUGGAAUAGUCCACAGCUUGGAAAAUGAACUGAACCCUGGAAGAAGACUUGGGAUUGGACCUGCAGGAGCACAUGGCAUUGGACACAGCAUGGGUGAUGGAGAUGGUCAUGGAAUGAACCACCGUGGGAGUGAUGGCUAUGGAGGAGGUCACAGCAAUAGCCAUGAACACAGAGGAGGCCAUGGAGUAAACCAUGGAGUGGGACAUAGAGGGAGUCACCCAGGAGGCCAUGACAGUACAAGAUGGCUGUGGCCAUAG